AUGUCUAACUCUUGCGGACUGGCCGCAUUCUGGCGUGAAUCGACGCAUCUACCUUUCCUCUACCUGACGCGGACCCUGACGACGCCAGUUCAACGGCCGCAGCUGCAGCAGACACGACAGCCCGCGAGCUACCCAAAGAGAUGCCCCUAUUCGAGCUUCAGCCAGGAUGAGUACGAGUCGAGCCUCAGACAGCUGAUUAGGAGGCCAGGAGCUCCCAUAACCGGUUCUACUAUUCAAAGUUCAAAGGGGACGGGCUGCACUGCAAUGAAAGGCGAUGGCAAUACACAACCAAAGGACAAUCCUUCCAGCCAAGAAAGUCAAGAGAUAACGAAUAUCUUCAGCUCAGUCAUGGAUACAAUGAGUCAAAUUAGCAAUCCAAAGUAUCGAGUGAAAACCCAGCAGCCACUCGACCUUUUCCGAGCCGGGACAAGAAGCGUAAACGAUAAACUGCGCAACUUUCAGUUCACCAACAUUGACCCGUCAUCACCUCACGAGACGAAGUUCGCUGGCGUCGAUCUUUCUGUCGCUGCAUUUGCAGUAGCACAAAAGGAGACCCGAAGAAUCUGCAAAGAGAUCGACGAUGCUGUGGCGGACGGGAGAGGUGAUCUGGGAAUUUGGAAAAUAUGCGAGGAGAUGAUAUUUCCAAUGCUGAAGCAAGCGGAUUUGGACGAUGCGCUACCCGUCCGUCCGGCGGUAAAGUCGUCCACGGAUAUGUUUGAGGAUGACGAUGUCUCUGCCGGCCUGGACAAGGGCAACAAUGCCCGCUGCAAGCAGAUGGAUAUCCAUCCAGAUGUCCCUGCUGUCAUCGUUGUUGGACAUGUAUAUCCUGCCACUCUCCUCCACGCCCUACGACUUCUUCAAAAUAAGUUCCCAAUGUCCCCUAUCACAACCCGGUUAUUUGAAAGCAUCCGAUCCCAUGGGCGAGCGUCCUUCAUCGUGGGAUCAUCAAAAGAACUCUUCCACGAAUUGAUUGAUUUCCGCUGGCGAGUCUACAACGAUCUACCCUUUAUUGUGGCUCUGCUGAAAGAAAUGGAGGAGAAUGGCGUUGACUUUGAUAAGAGAACCCUCGAGCUGGUUGAGAAAAUCCGUCAACGUGGGGCACGAGAGAUAUCCAAAGCGAGAUAUGCCGACGGAAGGGCCAGAGGGAGCAAUAUUAAAAUUAGAAGCAGGAGAGCCGGUGGUGGCACUAGCAACAGUGGUACAUGGUGGGAUUCACCCGUUAUUCAAAAAUCCUACCGAGAACUUACCAGUUGGGCAAAGGGAAUGGAUGCACAGAUUCGAGAUGUCAAGGAGCUCGAAGAGAAGGCACAGAAGAUAUGGAGUAACAAACACCAAGAAUGGGUGUACGGGGAUAAUAGAGAGCUCAGUUAA